AUGUGCGCACAUGCAGGGUUCUUGCUGGGGAGCAGAGAGACGCUGCUGGAGACCAAGGACGGCGGACGCACGUGGGAGCCGCGUUCCGUAGCAGCAGCCAAGGACGAAGGCUUCAACUACCGCUUCAACUCCAUCUCCUUCAACGGCAAGGAGGGCUGGAUUGUGGGCAAGCCGGCGAUCCUGCUGCGCACGACCGAUGGAGGGGACAAUUGGGAGCGAGUGCCGCUGUCUGCCAAGCUGCCGGGCAACCCGGUGCUCAUCUGCGCGCUGCCCGGAGAGCCCGGCCGGGCAGAGAUGACCACCGACCAGGGUGCGGUGUAUACAACCAGCAAUGGAGCGUACACCUGGACAGCGGCUGUGCAGGAGACCGUGGAUGCCACUCUCAACAGAACAGUCUCCUCUGGCAUCAGCGGCGCGUCGUACUACGAGGGAAGUUUCUCGAACGUGCAGCGCAGCCCCUCGGGUGACUACGUGGCAGUGUCAUCGCGCGGCAACUUCUUCCUCACCUGGUCCCCCGGGCAGACCUACUGGCAGCCCCACAACCGCCCCACGGCGCGGCGGGUGCAGAACAUGGGUUGGACCCCCAGCAACAGCUUGUGGCUGGCAACGCGCGGAGGGGACGUCUACCUGAGCCCCGAGUCUGGAAUCUCCGAGCGCUUUGACCAGGCCAAGCUGGGCUCGCGCGGAUUUGGCAUCCUCGAUGUCGGGUUCUCCCCGAGCAAGGUGGGCUACGCGGUGGGAGGCAGCGGGACACUGCUCAAGUCAGAGGACAACGGUGCCACGUGGAAGCGCGACCGCUCGACAGACGGCAUCGCCGGAAACCUUUACGAAAUCAAAUUCACCGAGUCCGGCUCCGGAUUCAUCCUCGGCAACGACGGCAUCCUGCUGCGCUACAUUGCCGCCUGA